UUUUUUUUGGGUGUUUUUUUUUUCUCACGGUCGUCCGCCACGGCGCCAUCAAGAAACAAGAAGUGCUUGAACCGCCAGGCCUGAACCAGAAUUGUCAUCUCCCAUUCACGCUUUCCUGUGGACAAACACAUCAGUUAUCAUCGACUCUAUCCCAUUUCCGGGCCAGCAUCCAUCCACUUGUAUUUUUCCAUUGCCGUCCAGUUUGCUUUGUUGACAGACCCAAGUCGGUCUUUAUACCGCCCGCCCUCCGCCCUCGUCCCUUCGCUGCUGUGACGAGCUUCCACCACACGGUACUCCUCAUCUGACGGUCGCGCGAGCCCUGUCGCUACUUACUGUAAAAGUAGCAGCCAUCGGUGUCGGUCUCGGACUUCACACAGCAUCACGGCUGGCGUGUUCUAUCUGCCCUUCAUUCUUACCGUUGAAAGCAAGCCGAAGCCCUGAGCUCUCCCACCGCUGCCACGCCUGCUGCCGCCGUUGCUGGUCAUAGAUUCCCGACCGCCUUGUCGCGCAACCCCCAAAAAUUUCCCACGCCUUUCCAGGUUCCCACACAAAACCCUCAACCACCACGUCGAGCAGCAUCCCGUCCACCUCGCUUCCUCGUCCCUUGCGACGCGCCCACAAACGCGCCGAAACCCAUCGCGGGUUUUUGUUUAUGCACGACAGCGACAGCGAGUCCUUUCAUAGUCCUGCCUUUGUGACUCGGCUCUGGAAUAAUCAACACCGCCACACCACCUACCUGCCCGCCUCGGCUUCCCGCCUAUUCCUAAAACUACAUCUCUGCCCUCGUCCAUCGAUAUAUCGGUCGGCGAACCGCCCAGUCUCUCGCGAUGGAUUCACAGCCGAACAAGAGGCGUAGCAUCUUUGGCCUGGCCACUAAUCUCUUCCGCGGCUCCUCUGCGCCCGCCGACGACUCCGAUUCCAUGACGGAGUCCCCCCAGCAGAAUGGUGCCACCAAGGCCCAGUCCGUCCCGCGCAUAGACUUCAACAGCGCAACGCAUGAAAGCCCUGCCAAGCGCGCGUCUGAUGCGCAGUUGGCAUCCCGCAAGCUCAUCGGCCGCCCUCAAGGCCCGUCCAGCAAGCUUGCCCAGUCCUUCACCAGCACAGACUUCACAGAACUGUCAUCGGCGCCGCAAAAGAAGAUCACAUUCCAUACUGCCUCGGCGGCCGGCGCGACGAGGAGGAUGCCCGGCGACAAUCCCUACAAGUCACCUUCCUUCACAAGCACAGCCAAGGGUCCCGUUGUCAAUGGAAAUGGUGCCAAGGCAGCCAGCUUUUCUGGAACCGGCACGAGCACAGCGCCGAGCAACAUCUUCCGUUCUGGCACUCCUUCCCUUUAUCAGCGGUCCGGCGGCACGGCCUUUGCUCCUCGCAUCGUUCCUGGCGGUCUGAAGAGCAGCCUUCCCCAGAGCACCCCCGGUCGCACUUCGCGCGGUACAACCGCUGAGCUCCUUGGCGCCGUCCCGGUCAACACGGAGCUUUUCAAGAUGAGAAUUCCUGAGCCUCCUCAUCAUUUGACCGGCGAGUUGUUGGCUAAAGAAGUCCCAGAUGACCCCAACAGGGCCGGUUCCAUUUAUGCCGACGAGUUUUUGGCACACUACUGUCCGCCCGAUCUCGAUGAGCAACAGAAAAAGCAGUUUUUUUGCAUCCUCGACUUGAGGCGACUCAAGUAUGCCGCCGAUGAGAUAUUCACCAAGAAGGAUUGGAAAAUCAAUAUUCUCAACUUUGCAAAGGAGUACGAGAAAAGCCGUAGCUUGAUUAUGUUGCGGUACGGACUGUACGAAUUCAAGACGGUCAGGGCUUCGGAAGAAGUCAAGAAAGAAUGGAGGCAAAAGCAUGGAAUCGCAGAAUCCGAGGAGGAAGCCAGCGCAUCCUCUAAUCUAAAGACACCGGCUGGCUCGAAGAGAAAGGCCGAGGAGGAUUUGUCGCCAAUUGACGGCGCCCUCAAAGCUUCCACCACCGCUGGUAACAAGCGCCCGCGCGCUCCAGAACCGACCAGCCCUUCGCCAAUCAAGCAAAAGCCUAAGCGCAAGGCCUCAACGGUUGGAUCGCCAGACGAAGCCCAGCCAGCCAAGCUGCAAAAGGCCUCGGGAACCCCAACCAAGGCGUCCUCUGCCACCAAGUCUGUCUUUGAGAGCAUUGUCAACAACACGCAAACCGCGGCAGCGAAGAAGGCAGCGACUGGUGCUGCCAAGGCCGCUACGACCAAUUCUGCGCCUAAAUCCGUAUUCGAAACUGGUCCCAAGGCUCCUGCCUCCUCCGAGAACAUCUUUGGUCAUCUUUCCGACAGCAAGAGCAGCAACGAUGAUGCCAAUGCGGAUAGUGAUGCCGAGACCGCUUCCAAUGUUGACGAUGAUGAGGAUGAGCAUGAAGCUCAGCGUGAUGGGUCUACCAGCACUGGUGUUGCUAUCCCUCAGUUUGGACUGGGAAGCCAAGCAGCGGUGAAUGGAGGGUCUGGUGCCUCCUCAGACGCCGAAGGGAGCUUCCAGGGACGCAGCAUCUUCGACCGUAUCACCAGAGGAUCUGACGGACAACCAAUUCGAAAGCCCGUUCAAGAUGGCAAGUCUGAUUUGUUCUCUGCCACUCUCAAGGAGGACCGAGCUCUCGGCACAACCCACGAGCAAGCCUCUUCCCCUGCUCCAGUCAACAAUACGUGGAAUACGGAAACGCCCAUCAAGUUUUCCUCUGGUCCCAGCAACUUGUUCGGGGCUGCGACAUCCAAGCCCGCUGUGUCGAGCAACCUUUUUGGAGCCCCUGUAGCUAAGAAGGCAGAGGAGCCCGCUCAGGACUCGGCACCUAAGAGCCUUUUCGGUGUUCCUUCCAAGAAGGCCGAUGAGCCUGUUACCGAAGCCCCCAAGGCACCGGCAGCUUCAGUGUUCUCGUUUGGGACAAAGACCACUGAUACUGCUGCUUCCAAGCCCUCCCUCUUUGGUACUCCUGCGCCCUCGGCCCCAGAACCGGCUGUUACAAACUCGAUCUUCAGCUCGGGCCCCAGCACUCCUCUCUUCGGCCAAGCAAAGGACAAGCAGGAGUCUAAGGAGACCACGCAAGCUCCCUCCUCUCUUUUCGGUACUAAGCCUGCAGAGCCCGCAACGACUGAGGCCUCCAAGCCCUCGGUAUUACAGUCGAACAUGCUGUUUGGCAGUGCUCCGGUAGCCAGCGAACCGCCAAAGACACAAGCCACUAGCCUCUUCACAAAGCCUGCGGCGGCUGAAACGCAAUCCACGCAAGCUCCGGCUUCGUCGUCGUUCGGGGCCAGCGCGUCAAAGCCCGCCACGUCCAGCUUGUUUGGCAGCGCGACUAAUCCUCCUGGAGCAGACGAGCCGGCGGCGAAGAAGGUUGCGUUUGGCAGUACUGAGACCAAGCCCGCCGCCUCUAUUUUCAACUUUGGCUCUACCAUCCCCGCUGCCGAUGCUGCCACACCUGAGACUAAGGGCCUCUUUGGCACCACCAAUGGCGCUACACCCGUUACGGAGACUAAAAAUCUCUUUGGCGUCAGCACCACUCCGGCUCCUGCCACUGAAGUCAAGAGUUUCUUUGGCGGUACAAGCAUUGGGGUCCCUGCUACUCAAACUCAGACCCUCUUCGGCAACACUAGCGCAUCCGCAACGGAGACUAAGAGUCUGCUUGGAAACGCUACUGCUCCUGCUACCGAAACCAAGAACCUCUUUGGCAACACCAGUACCACUGCCCCUGCAGAGACCAAGAGUCUGUUCGGUAGCGCCUCUACCUCAAGCGCACCCUCAGACUCAAAGCCUCUGUUUGGCGCGACUACUAGCCAACCCGAAGCCUCGAAGCCUCUCUUUGGUGCCUCCAGCAGUCAACCCGAAGCUUCCAAGUCUUUGUUUGGUGCUACCAGCAGCCAACCUGAAAGCUCCAAGCCAGCUUCCAUCUUCGGAAGCAAUAACCUUGCUCCUGCACCUGUCUCUGCUUCAUCGAGCUUCACCUUCGGGUCCACAGCGGCUCCGGCUACUAGUCAACCUGUUCCGGCUGCUACCUCUAGCUUUACCUUUGGCUCUGGUUCUCCCGCGCCUACACCUCAGCCAAGCACUAGCUUUUCCUUUGGUGCCACCCCUGCUUCGCAGCCUUCGCAGCCCGAACAGAACGGUAACAUUUUCGGAGCCAACACUUCUUUCACAUUUUCGGCUGGAGGUAAUGAUGGCGCUGCUAUUAAUAAUCCUUUUGCUACCGGAGGUGCCGCUACUCCCACCUCCUCAUCGUUUACCUUUGGCCAAAAUAGUGGUACCUCUGCGCCGUUUGUCUUUGGGCAAAGUAGUCAAAACACUCCAUCCAUCACCUUUGGCGGUGCCCAGGACUCUACACAACAAAAUGGCAGCUCUAACAUGUUCGCCUUUGGUGGUCAACAGCCCUCUGGGGGUGGAUCCAUGUUCAACCUGGCGCCGCCCGUAGGGGGGACAUCAACAGGUACUGAUUCCCCUAAAACCUUCGGCGGUGCCUCAAGCUUGGCCACGACGCCGGCUGUGGGGACACCAGAGCCAGUGGCCGCCGAGUCCAAGGAUGCUCAAGGAACGCACGCUGACGGGGAUGAGGCACCACAGGAGCAAAUCUCGCUAGUCGAAGGCGGCCCGGGGGAAGAGGACGAGUCCGUCGUGUAUGAAGUUCGUGCCAAGGCGUAUAAGCUCGUCGCUCCCGAAGACGAUGACGACGAAGGCUCCAAGGAGAAGAAGAAGCCCUCCGUGUGGAAGACGCAGGGAGUCGGCCCCCUGCGUCUUCUCAAGCACAAAAACACCGGUGCGGUGCGCAUGCUGAUGCGUGUCGAACCCCGCGGCAAUAUUGCGCUCAACAAGAUCAUCCUCCCCAAUUUCACCUACAAGCCCGAGGCUUCGGCCCCCAAGAACAUCAAGAUCACCACGGCGACGGACGAUGGCAAGGGUUUGGAGACUUGGAUGCUCACCACGAAGACCACGCAGGCUUUGGCUGACGCGCUGGAAGAACACAAGAAGGCAAAUGAAAAGAAGGAUUAAUGAGUUUGUCUGGUGGACAAAGAUGAAUGGAUGAAUUGGCCAGAUUCAGAUGAUGAAUAGCAUCGGAGGAGUUGUUUGCAAAAAAAAAUGUAGUAGUUCACGAACAUUUGUUUUGACUUUUUUUUUCUGUUUCUAGUUUUUGCUUUUCUCUUCUCUUUGGUUUCAAUGGGGUAAAAGCGGAGUGCUCUUGGACCGGACAAUGAAUGCAAUGCGGUGCCGCAUGUGGUCAUGCUAGGUGUCGAUGAGGGAGGAGGUGGUGAGGUUUGAACACUGAAAUUCAGGUAAGGUAAGGUACGAAAAUUGCAUGGGGUUUGCGUCUUCCGAUCACAAGUAUUUUCAUUUCUGCUAUGCAUUAGAUGGAUGGAAGGACCGUGCUGGGUUUUGACGGAUGUCACGAGAUUCUUUUACGUUCCAAGCAGUCCUUCUCAUCGAUCUUGCGAGCAUCGUGUUCUCGUUCAAACCUCUUGUUUCGGUUCGUUGCACUCUAUUAGUCCGUCCCUCCAUCACUUUAUCUUCAUCUUCAGAGACAGAAAACUGGGAUUGCAUCAUACGUAUCGG